AGCGGAAGCGGCGCAGGAUAGCCGAUGGAAUAUCCCUACGAUGCGCCAAGGUGCGCAUGCGCAUCGUCUGAGCUGUCAAUACGCAAUCCUACUCGGCGAUUCACCACCAUGAACACAACCAUCUCUCUUCCUCUCUAAUUUCCCAUUUUCGGUCCACACCAAACCCUCAAUUUUCUACAAAAAGAUUCACAAAAUUGGCUGUUUAGUGAGGAUGAGCAGCGGCGGGAAGUUGUAUUGGGCGCGGAAUCGCGGAGAAGAAUGCAAAGCGAAGGGGAUAGUUGUGCUUUUUGCGUGGGUUUCGGUUGGCGAUGUUCAAUUGAAUGAUUUAGUCGCUCUCUACUCUUCUCUAGGAUGGGAUUGUCUCGUUUCCCGUUCCGAUUAUCUCAACCCAUUCAUUCCGGAGAGAGCUACAUCACUGGCCUUUUCGGUCCUUGACGAGCUUAUUAAGGAACUUAGGCGUGGAAUAUGUCCUGUUGUUCUUGCAUCCUUUUCCGGUGGUUCAAAAGCUUGCUUGUAUAAAGCACUUCAGAUUAUAGAAGGAUGUUCUGAUGUGGAGCUCAGCCUGGAGGAUAGUAGAAUUCUCGCAAACUGUAUCUCAGGCCAGAUCUAUGAUUCUGAUCCUAUUGAAUUUACUAAAGACCUGGGUGCUCGAUUUGCUUUGCACCGCUCCAUCCUCAGAAUGCCUGGAUCGUCAAAACUAGUAUCGUUGUUUGCAAAAGGUGUUACUUCAAGUUUGGAUGCUUUAUUUAUAACCAGGUUUGGAUCCCAACGUGCAGAGUACUGGAAAUCCCUAUAUUCCUCAGUUGGAUUGGGUGCCCCCUUUCUCAUUUUAUUUUCAGAAGAUGAUGAUGUGGCUCCAUGUUCAACUCUGUGCAAAUUUGCUCAGAAUUUACAUGAUCUAGGGGCUGAUGUUAAAGUUGUGAAGUGUGGUACCUCUGUUCAUGUGGCUACAAGCAUCAAUUGGUACAAUAUACAGCUUCCGUAACAGAGUUGCUUGAUCAGGCAGUUUCGAUUUUCUCUGGGAAGCUUCAGAAACUUGGGGAGAGGUCCCGUAUGGAUGAUGAAAUAUCCUACUUGAUAUGUGACCUCCAGGAUGCAGCAGUCGACUCAAAUCAAAGUUUCAGAAGAGUCGCAGUUGGGCCAAAUGACCACUUUUUCUUGCCAAGUUCAUCAGAGUAUCAAAACAGCAGAGAAUUUGGUUCUACGCAGCAGGAGCCCAGAGAUAGAUUACUUCAUCGUUCAAGCCCCCCUUGUAUGAGUGCAAAUAGUGUCCUUGGCCAAGCCCUUUUUGAUGCGUGUGUUCCGAAGAAUGUAGAAGGUUGGGAUAUCAAAUUCUCUGGCUCCUUAAAUGGAGAGCCAUUUGCUUUGGUUCGUAGGAGGUCACCGGUUCGUGGCAUCAAGCAUAGAUCAAGAUUAUGAAUGAUCUUGCGGAACAGAUUCUUGUACUUGGGAAGUGCUGGUUAAAUGUGCAUACUUGUGAUUGAGGAACUUCUGAGCACCCCAUGUGAUUUUGACACCAACUUUUGAGCUUGUAGAGUGGAGUGAUAGUGCUUAAAACAGUGGUGGAGGUUGAGGAGUCGAGAGAGGUGCUUACGUGUUGGUUUCUUCAUUGCACCCUCCAUUUGCAAUCUUUGCCUUAUAAUGAUUUCAUGUCGUGCUGAUGAGAGGAUGAGAUUUGGUAGGUUGCGUGUAUCUUGCAGUUUGUUAGUUUAUCUCGGUGACUUGUUUGCCUGUAAUACUUUACUUGUAUAUAUGAAAUUAUGAAUGUAUAAUAAGCUAACUCUUGUACAAUACUUUUAUGAAUAAGCAAUUGUAAAAUUUUGUGGUAGUGAUCUAAA